GGAGUAGUUGUAAAAAGGAGUACAAAAUUUGAGUAAUUCAAUAACUUUUCCCUCUUUUAACCGAUUACUUUAAUUUAAAGAGUGUGGAAAGAGGAAAAAAGAAUGGCUGCUGAUUCUUUGAGCGCAGACAUGGAAAAUAUGGACGUACAAGGUCCUAGCUAGUUAGCUAGAGAUGCGUUACUUUUCCCUUUCCUAUCUUCGAAGGGGGACCUGGCUAUGCACCCUAAAGCUGUCUCGUUCGGCUCAUUGCUGUAAGCCAUAUAGGCUCAUAAAGGCCCAUGCUCAAGACAGUGCAAACCAAGUUAGCUUAACAAGGGCCAUUAGAAUGUAUUGCCCCCUUAAGAGCAUAGCCAAUGGCCCAGUGAUCUACACUUCAGAAAAAGAAGGAAGUGAUGAGUCUGGAGAUGGAUCUGCUCAAAAACCAUUUAAAACUGUUAUGCAGGCUUUGCGCAUCACUGAUGGAGAGGAACCUCUUCCUCAAAUUAUGGUGGAUGGGAAAGCUGAUGGAGAGAGGUAUGAAAAACUUGCCAAGGCUCAGCUGAAGAAAGUGACCAAGAUUUAUGCACAGGAAAAAAAGAAGUCAGAAGACAGAGAGAAGAAAGAGGCUGAAAAAGCACAGCAAAGAGAGAAGAAUCUGGAAGAGGCCAAGAAAAUCACUAUUAAGGAGGAUGAGAGUUUGCCAAAAGCUACAAGGAUACAGAUCAGUGAGUCAGUAGCUAACCGCGACAAGAGAGUGAAGGUAUUUGGUUGGGUUCACAGACUCCGAAGACAAGGUAAAAACCUGAUGUUUAUAGUUCUUCGAGAUGGCAAUGGGUUUCUUCAGUGUGUCUUAUCAGAUCUUUUGUGUCAGACCUAUGAGGCUGUAACAUUGGCCACUGAAGCCUCUGUGUGUCUCUAUGGUGUAAUCAAGGCACUUCCAGAAGGAAAAACAGCUCCAGGUGGACACGAAAUGGCUGUAGAUUUCUGGGAACUUGUUGGGGAUUCCCCUGCUGGUGGAGUUGAUAACCUGGUGAAUGAGGAAUCUGCCAUAGACACCCAGCUUGACAAUCGGCAUAUUAUGCUCAGAGGUGAAACGGUUUCCAAGAUCCUGAGAAUGCGCUCAACAGUUACACAAUGUUUCAGAGCUCAUUACUUCAAUCGCAGUUAUGAUGAGGUAUUUCCACCUACCAUGGUGCAAACACAAGUGGAAGGAGGAUCCACUCUCUUUGAUUUCAAUUAUUUUGGUGAACCAGCAUAUUUGACACAGUCAUCCCAGCUUUACCUGGAGACAGUAAUCCCAGCGCUUGGUGAUGUGUUCUGUAUUGCUCAGUCAUACAGAGCUGAACAGUCACGUACAAGAAGGCACUUGUCAGAAUACACUCAUGUGGAAGCUGAAUGUCCUUUUAUAUCAUUUGAUGAUCUCCUGGACAAAAUUGAAGAUCUGGUAUGUGAUGUUGUGGAUAGAGUGCUGAAAUCUCCCCAUGCAGACAUACUCAAAGAAUUUAAUCCAGAUUUUAAGCCACCCAAGAGACCAUUCAGGAGAAUGAACUACAGUGAUGCCAUCAAAUACCUUAAAGAACAUGACAUUAAAAAGGAAGAUGGCACCUAUUAUGAAUUUGGAGAGGACAUUCCUGAGAUGCCAGAAAGGAAGAUGACAGACCAGAUCAAUGAGCCAAUCCUCCUGUGUCGCUUUCCUACCAACAUUAAGUCUUUCUACAUGUACAGAUGUCCAGAGGACAAGGGUCUGACUGAAUCAGUUGAUCUCCUGAUGCCUGGAGUUGGUGAAAUUGUUGGAGGAUCCAUGAGGAUGUGGGAAUAUGAGGAGCUGCUGGAGGGUUACAAGAGAGAGGGUAUUGACCCUAGCCCUUACUACUGGUACACUGACCAGAGGAAAUAUGGUUCUUGCCCACAUGGUGGAUAUGGUUUGGGACUGGAGCGAUUCCUCACAUGGCUGCUGAACAGACAGCAUAUCAGAGAUGUCUGUCUGUACCCACGCUUUACUGGAAGGUGUCGACCAUAAAACAGAUGUUCCUCAAAAAAUUUUAAAUGACCAUGAACCAGUCAAUAUGGGACUUAGACUGAAAUGCGUACCUAUGGCAGUUCCUUAACAGCUAGAGUGUUAUAAUAGUUAGACUAAGUGUUAAAAUACUUCUAUAACAAUUCAAGUGCCUGCCUCACAAAAUAAAGAAUUGUGCUCCCAAAA